UUCAGGGCCGCCAUCACAGCCAGACCUGACGUGGCCAACAUUGCAAGCCGCAUUGCGGCAUUGGCCUCAGCCCCUGACUGCCAGUGUCCAGCAGAUGGCCUUCGUACGCUCAUCUAGCUCUUUCACACGUGUGCUCCUCAUCCUCUGCGUAAUCCGUGGCGUGAUGGCUUCAAACAAAUACAGAACCAAUGACUAUGAAUAUCGUGAGGAUAUAAAAAUGGAAUGUAACAGCAGUGCUUACAAAAGAAACGAAACACAUAUAGUGAAGUGUGAAUUUAAUUUAAACAUGUUUCGUGCCGCUAGUUGCACUGAAGGGUCCCUGAGGUGGUUUCGAAUUGUUAGAGAUAAAAAUAGAGAUGAUACGAGCCUUUGCCGCAUGAGUGAUUAUAACAUGGUAUGCAAAGAGAAUCCUAAAGGCUCUUACUGUGUGAGGAAACCUGAUUCCACGUGGAUAUAUCAUUGCAAAGUCACCGGAACUGAACAAUUGGAAAGAAGAGAGAUCUUUUGUAUGGUAUAUUGCAACAAGACAGUCAAUAAUAAGGCAAUUCUAUGGCUUGUUAGCAAGGACUCAUGUUACUUAGUGGGACCACCAACUGCCACACCACCAACUGCCGCAGCACCAACUGCCGCAGCACCAACUACGGCAGCACCAGAGAAAGAAUUUCCCAUAUGGGCUGCGGUGCUCAUUGCAGUUGGCAUUGGCGGUUUGAUUGCAUUGUGUGUGUGCCUAAUGUGCAGAAAGCGUCGUCAGGCUCAAAGUCCCGUACAAGAUCCAGAAGGAGGAAAUACCGAAAAUCCAGAGGGAGAAGAAGCUGAAGGAGAAGGGCAAGGCGAUGCAGAAGAGGAGGAAUCCGAAAGUGCCGAAAGCGCCGAAAGCGCCGAAAAGUCAGAAGAAACAGCAUGAAGUGGAAAAGAAGCACCAGAGGAGGAGUAAAGAACCAUAUUUCUAACGAAAAAUCGCAACAAACGCUGUGACCAGAAGUGAGGAAGCAACUCCAUCAACACACGAACUUUCAUAAUUACUGAUUUGUCUACACGUACACUUAAUUACGAGUUACCAGCAUGUCGUAAGAGGAUGAUAGCACAGGCAACAACAAAAUCUAGUAUUUAUACAUCAAAGGGUAGGUCUCAGCGGUGUCUUUAUUGUUUAGCUUGGUCUCAGUGAAAACAUCUGUAUUGUUUAGCUAAGGCUCAAUGAUAACAUCUGUAUUGUUUAGCUAGGGCUCAAUGAUAACAUCUGUAUUGUUAAACUACAUCUCAAUGAUAACAUCUGUAUUGUUUAGCUAGGUUUCAGUGGUAAAGUCUGUAUUGUUUAGCCAGGGCUCAGUGAUAAAGUCUUAUUUAGCUAGGUCUCAAUGCUAAAGUCUGUAUUGUUUAACUGCAUCUCAAUGCUAAAGUUUUAUUUAGCUAGGUCUCAAUGCUAAAAUCUGUAUUUAGCUAGGUCUCAAUGAUAAAAUCUUUAUAGUUGAGCUCGAUCUUAGUGGUGGGAAGCGUAGUCUGUUAUUGGAAUACAUCAAUGCCGCAAUCAGGGAAACAUAACUCCUCUAGAAAGGUGAGACAAUAUUCUCACUACUGUACCUGUAUUGCAGCUGUACUGUUGCACUAAUACACUCCUAUUUCAGAGAUACUUGUAUAACUUAAGGCUAUACUAACAUAGUUAUUAACUAAAGAUACGCUGUUUACACACACCUGGCUUAUAUAUCCAUACACUAUAUUGUUGAUCAACUCCUGUUAUGCAGUUUACAAAUGACUUCUGUAUACUACACGGCGCAGGCCACUGUCAAAGAGCUAAGAGCGUUUAAUAUUAAAGUAUACAGAAAGUCCA